AAGCAGACUCUUUUGGGGAGGGCAGACAUGACUAAUCAAACACAGGCUCUCAGCCCCUGUAUUAACCCCACCUCCAACCCAAUCUAUAUGUGAGGGGUUGCACUUGCAGAACUUGGUUGUGAAACAGUUGGUGGAGCUGCAACAGAAGAGCCAACAUGAUCCAUUCAGUGACUCUCAACAAUGGACGACAGAUGCCUAUCUUGGGUUUGGGAACAUGGAAGGUAAGGCUACACAGUUUACACUUGUGUAAAUGUGUAAAGAAAAAGGGCUGAAUUGAGUUACAGCAUUCACUCUCUUUACAACUGUGAUGUAAGAAGAGCUGUUCGUAUUUAAGAGUGAGCUGAACUUAAUCUCCUCCUCAAUUAAACCCUUUAAUGCUCUGGUUUUGCAGAAGAUUUCAUACAAGUAAGACAAUCAUGUCUGCCACUGUUCAACACAUUCUCUUUUGUGUUUGCUUCUCUCUGUAGGGUGAGCCGGGAAAGGUCUCUGAAGCUAUUCAGAUAGCAAUAAGGGAAGGCUACAGACACAUUGAUGGUGCUUAUGUAUAUGAAAAUGAAGUAGCGGUUGGUGAUGGGAUUCGUACCAUGAUUGAUCAAGGAGUUGUAAAGAGGGAGGAUCUGUUCAUCGUCAGUAAGGUAUGGUAUCCUGCGUAAAUACAUUUGUUCUUCUACCUUUUUUCCCCUUCCCAUUUCUAAUCUUGAUUCAAGACCUGGACUUGAGGGUAGACCAAUAUCUGUCCAAUACCAUUAAACCUGUGUUCCAGUACCACCAAAACCAACAUCUGUCCAAAACCAGCAGUUUUUUUUUUUUCCCGCAAACAAGCCUUGACUGCUAACAACUUUCAAGCUUUGGCUCACAUAGUGCACUUUUGACUGUUUCCAAAAAAGUCUUUUAUGAGGCCAGAAAUUUGACCCUGUGUAAUUCUGAGGCAGUUAUCAUUCAUCUAUUUUCUUUGUCAGCUGCUCAGGCAGAUAAUGAAAUGAAUGCACCACCAUGUCUGAAGGAAAAGGCUAAUUUUCUGCAGUGACAUGCUCAUAAACAUAUUUUUGGUCACGACCUUCCCCUAUCCAAUGAUUUCUCUGCAAUUCAUCACACACACUCUCACUGUACUCACUGUACGAUCAUGGCUGAGUUACUCACAGAGACAGAUUAUCAACUGACACACUAAUAUGACUACAAUACCCUCAAUCAGAUCAACAUCAACAGUAUUUUAAAUAUGCUGACAGAUAGGAUUUGGGUGUAUUAACAUCACUGUUUGUUUCUCAAAGUUGUGGUGCACUUUCCAUAUUCCCUCUCUGGUGAGAGAAGGCUGCGAGAAGACGCUCAGUGAUCUGAAACUGGACUACCUGGAUCUGUAUCUCAUGCACUCCCCAGUAGGAAUGAAGGUUUGUAUAAGGCUGUUCUAACACUAAAUCCUUUGUGUUAUUCAUUAACUGACUGCAUGAGGAUUGUGGUCACGGCCAACCCUCUGCAUCCCGUGAACUGUUGGACAAACUUGGCAUUAAAGAAAUGUGCAACGGAAACAAGCUAUGGCCUUUCACCUAAACAUGUGACAUACCCAGGCACACAAAGCUAACUACUCCUCUUUUAUCUUUGACAUUCUAGCCCGGGAAGGAGCUUGUGCCCAUGGAUGAAAACAAAAAAGCUAUUUCUGAUGGUAGUAACUUCUUGGACACCUGGGAGGUAAUUUUUUUGCACUCAGGCACUCAGAACACAGUGUUGGACAUAUGCAACAGUUAAAGGUGGGGUAGGAAGGAUCUGAGAAAGUGACAGUUUUUGGGAGGAAUCUUGAAUGAAAAAACUAUCUCUCCCAACCAGUUUUCCCCUUAGCUCCUCCUCUACCCUCCAUCUCUACUCCAGCAAGCCCCACUAACUAACGUCCUCGCCCAAUUAAUUUCAGAUAUAAUGCAGAUAAAUACUUAAGAUAAUUGCAAAUGGGGCCCAGUUGAUGUGAAAGUAAAAAGCAUUGGUGCUACUGUAGAUGCCAACAGACUACCAUCAAACACAAUGUUUACAGGACUUCUACAACUAGGAUAAGGUGACAUAGUCCAGGACCCGAGGUAAACCGUUUAGCAGCGCUCCAACAUGCAGCAGGUCCUGUUUGACAACAAACACUUCUGUUACAUAAGUGUCCUGAAGUGUCCCCGAUCAUUUAUGCUGAUGUUGACCCGGCUUGUUAGCUCUUGUCCGGUCUUCUUUUUAAGCACCCGUUAUUCCGCCAGAGUCUUGGGUAUUUACUUGGUUUUAUUGCUUGUGUUUCAUAAUUUCUGGUUAGUAUCUACUGUCCGAUGUUGUUGCACAUUAUUGGAGGAUGUGGAGCGUGCCCACAACAAGAGGGAGCAGCGUCUGCCUCACAACCAAUCAUGUCGGAGAGAUGGAGAAUAAUUUUGUUUACAGUCCGAAAGAGCGGGCCCCUCAAAAAAAUUAAACGUUGACUACACAGACAUAAGAGAACACAGUGAUAUCAUUAUAUUACCAAAUGUCAUCAAUAACUAAUAGCUAUUGACUGAUACUAAAAGCUUUUUUGUAUAUACACCACAAAAAAAUGAUGCUUCUUUAACAAAAUCCUGCCUACCCCACCUUCAAUUACUGGCACUAAAAAAUCAACUUGUCGCUUGAGUGAAACAGUAGCUUACACAGCUGUGAUUUUGUAGCUGGCAAAGGAGACUACAAUCUAGAAGUGGACAAAAUGCAUUUCUUUCUUGUUAUCUUGUCAAUUCUUUCAGAAACAGCAGUGCAAUUCUGAAAAAAAAAAUAUUGUCACACAUUUUAGGGCUUUUUCCAUUGAAAGUGAAGAUCUUUUGGCAUAACCCAGAGGUUAUGUUUUAAAAUCAAGGUUUAGUCUGUGUUUAGCAUGUACAGUAUAAUACAUAAAUAUAGACCUGGCAAUACUCUAUUUCAAAAGCAGAGUUUUGAAGCCUAUUAGUAGUGGUUGCCAUAUUGGAAAUGCUGACUCAGUCUAACACUGGGUCAAAGAGGUUGAAUCGAUGCAGGUCUUCAGUCUCCCCUCUAACAGGUUGAUGUCUGCUAAUAUUCAUGCCGAGCUAUCAGAACUGUGAAAGGAACAAAGAGACAAAAGCGGCCAGUCCUUCUCUCUCUUUGAGUUGCCAAAUAUGAAAAUAUAGACUGUGUAUGACAAGGAUGAUCACAAACUGCUGUACACUGUAUUUCAAAGGCUAUGGAAAAGCUGGUGGAUGAUGGGUUGGUCAAGUCUAUCGGCAUCUCAAACUUCAACAAAGAUCAGAUCGAGGCUUUACUCAACAAACCAGGCCUUAAGUACAAGCCUGUCACCAACCAGGUACAAAACAAGAUCCUCCUUACAGAUUACAAAUCGAGAAAGAAGAAUGUGAAAGGUCAAGCAUUUGGGUUUCCUCCAGGUUGAGUGCCAUCCAUACCUGACCCAGGAAAAGCUCAUCAGCUACUGUCACUCAAAGGGCAUCUCAGUGACAGCAUACGGCCCCCUGGGCUCCCCAGGAAGACCCUGGUAAGAGGCAGCCUCAUCUAUUGAACUCUAAAGGUGUAAUCAGUCAUGUUAUUUAUCAUUCUUAUGCUCUUGUGUACCAAAGGGCGUCCCCUGAUGAACCCAACCUGCUGGAGGAUCCAUCGAUCAAGGCUAUCGCUACUAAAUACAAAAAGACUCCAGCACAUGUAAGAGAGACAAGGAAACUGACCCAUUCUUAUCCUUCCUCUGGCUUUAUCUUUGACAAAUGGUGACAGAAAGCUAUAAGGGUAACCAUAAAUGGAGAAAAAAGAAGAUUUGGUAUGCAAGAUUGUCAAUGGACUUUAGCAUAUGAAGUCAUUUUCAGAACAAAGGCUGGAAAACAGAGCAAACACUGGGUGCAGUUUGACGGAUUUAUGUGAGGGUACUUAAAGUCAAACAGAGCUUUAAAAAACAGCCAAGGCGAUGCCAUUAACUUUUGAUUUGUUAUCCCACCAGGUUCUCCUUCGCUUCCACAUUCAGAGAAACGUGAUUGUCAUCGUCAAAUCAACGACGCACCAUAGAAUUAAGGAGAACUUUCAGGUACAUCCAUCAUUAAAGUGAGACAGACCAUUGAUAUUCGAGUGUAAAAGAACAAAAGUUGCUGUUCAUCCGAAGGUUUAGUUUUGUGAGUCUACAGCAUCCAUUAUUCUGUGUAAAUGGGAGAGAUAGAGUGCUGUUCAAAGUAAUUGCAGCUUGUCCAGUUUUGAAUCACUCUUCUUUGUUUUUCAGUUGUUUGAUUUUGAACUGAGUGAAGACGACAUGCAGACUUUGCUGAGCUUGAACAGGAACUGGAGAGGAUUCUUGUUUGAGAUGUGAGUGGAUGGGACAAUGACCCUGACAAGACAAACGGACUGAUGAACAUCAAACUGAACUCCUGAGGCCUUUGAAAGACAAAAACAGAUCUGUUAUGAGUAUAAACAAACCUUUCGUAAUGCCUGUCUUUUCUUUUGUUUCUUUACAGGGCCUCGAAUCACAAAGACUACCCUCUGAAUGCAGAAUACUAACUCAUCAGAUGGCAUUGUUCAUCUAUGUCCUCACUAAGCUAUCAUUUCUGUGUUAUGAUUAUGUCAAAUUCAUGGCCUGAGCACAAAAUUAUGAUCCAAAUUGUUGUAAAAUACACUCAAUAAAGCUGAAUAAAUGCCCUCAUUCAUGACAUACCAUUACAGAGCUCUCUCUUUUCUGUAGCUUCAGUCAUAAAGCCCACCUCCUCCAUUUUAACAGAUGGUCCAUCAGAUAAACUCAAUUGUUUGUUCAAACAUGGUUUCUCUCCUCAUGGCUCAUUCUAAUCAAACUGAUAGAAACCAAAUAUAACUUUAAUGAGGAUUUCAGUUGAACUAAGUCACUGAACCGGACAUGUGGUAUGGUAAAUAUAGUAUAACUCCAUGAUUGACAGCCCUGUUGACAAAUGAGGUUGCUGCUUCUGUGUGUAAGAUCUUGGCAGAGCCGAGGAGGAAAGGUGAGAAGAAAAAAACAUAAAAAGGUCACACGUCUUUCAUAUCGGUGAGUGUAUGCAACAAUCCAACACAGGAAGCUGCUGACCUGAGAGAUCUUUUCUGUUUCAUUGUGUGUUUUGAUUGGCCGAAAGAGCGGGACCAAUCCCUACCACAGAGACUCUGGCUCCAAAUGCCAAUGUCAGAGUCUAUUGUGGGUUGUAUUAUGGCAUCAGCUUCAUACAAUGGAAGCAGACAGAGAUGUGCCAUCUCUCUUUACAUUCAAUAAAUAACCUGUCUAAUGCCA